AUGGCGGAGGACCAUAUCACUAAUGGCAUCGAUAGCUUCAUUACGGAGGUGGGUGUGAUGGCGCGGGUGCACCACCCCAACAUACUGCGCCUGGAGGGCUAUGUGGUGGGCGCCACGCCCAUCCUCAUCUACGACUAUGUCUCCAUGGGCGACGCCUCCACCUACCUCGCUAAAGCCGCACGGGGCGAGGUGUCCUUUACAUGGAAGCAGCGCGUGGCGGUGGCGCUGGGGUGCGCGGAGGCGCUGACGACCAUCCACGCCAACAACUUCGUGCACCGGGACUUUAAAGCCACCAACGUGCUGCUCAGACAGGACCUGACGCCAGUGGUGGCGGACUUUGGGUUGGCGCGGGCGGUGGACGACUGGAAGACGCACGUGCAGACGCGGGUGAUGGGGUCCGUGGGGUACAUCGACCCCAUCUACUUCGACUCCGGCAUGUUGAGUCGCAAGUCAGACACGUAUGCGUUUGGCAUCUUCCUGCUGGAGCUGGUGUCGGGGUGCUCCGCCCUGGACGCGCGGUUCAAGGACCUGCGCAAGCUGGUGACGGCCAAGGACUUCCCCGACCCCACGCUGGUGGUGGACGCGCAGCUGCAGGGGCAGUGGCAGCUGAAGCAGGUGCUGGUGAUGUUCACACUCAUCAAGUUCGCCAUCUUCUUUGACUGGGAGCACCGCCCCGGCAUGGAUGUGCUGCGCGACAAGCUCAAGAUCCUCAUCAAUGACAUCCCCGCCUUCCCCUCGCCAACCGUCCCGUCCCUCGUCGCCAUGGCGCGCGGGCCGCGUUCCGCCCUUCGGGCUGGCCUCGCCGCGGUGCUGGCCGGGCUCGUGGCUCUCACGGUGCUGGGCGGCGCGAGCGCGGGCGAGUUCUUCGAUAUAUUCGACACGGCGGUGACAUUCAUAGGCCCCACAGCUGAGCUGCGGGACAUGCUAAUCGCCAACGAUCAUGUGCCGGGCGUGAUCCCACACGGACCCGCGUGCAAAUACUUGUUUCAGGACCAGGUGCCCCCGGGGACCAAAGUCAACGCGGAGAUCGCGUGGCGCGCCUACUGGCCGGCUGACGGCGUGUGCAGCAGCAUCUCCUUCCACUCCGAAAUGUUCUGCGCCGGACCUCCCAGCGCCACGUACCUGCGCCCUGCGACUGAUGGCCCCACCACGACCGCGAUCUCUGGCGUGGAGAUGCCAGCGUCAGUGAGAUGCGAGGAGGGUAAGUGUGCAAGCCUGCCCCAGCAGCCUCGUAGCUUCUUCCUGCUCUCUCUUUCCUUCUCCCAAUAUUCUUUUCCCUCGCUCUUCCUUCACUUCAUCUUUCUUUUCACCCUCUUCCUCCUCUCCUCUUCCUCCUCCCCUCUUCCUCCUCUCCUCUUCCUGCUCUCCUCAUCCUUCUCGCCGUGUUCUUUCGCCGUGUUCCUUCUUAUCCUCUUGCCUCUCACCUUUUCUUCUCGCCCUCUUGACUCUCGCGCUACCUCCUUACCAUCUUGCCUCUCACUCUUGCUUCUCACCCUCUUCCCUCUCAUUCUUCCUUCUCACCCUCUUUCGCUUCACUCUUAA